GGGGAGAAAAGUUGGAUAUUUAGGCCUUUUAAGCUGGCGAUUCCCUGAUGUCGCCUUCUGGGACCAGACUACCUAGGUAGAUACUCUUCCCCAGACAAACCUCGAGCUCUCUCUCAAGGUCACCCCCUCAAUGGCCCCCCUGCGGUGGAUCACCGGACUCUUGCCGCUCUUGCUGGCCGGCUCCCUCGUGUCAUGCACUCGAAUCACCGAUGCAACCACCCCGGACGGUGACUCUGCCAGCCAGUUUGUCGCAGAUCUGAUCGCCAACGUGAGCCAAGCCGAACAGGAACAGCAAGCACAGAAAAAGCGGCUCCUUUCGUGCGCCCAAGACGAUUCAUUGGUCGUAAACCUGGGCUACGCUAAAUACCGGGGCUAUCACAACGCCUCGACGGGUUUGAACUACUGGAAAGGGAUUCGUUACGCCGCGUCCCCCACGGGCGAGCUGAGAUGGCAACCCCCACAGGUGCUGCCCCUCAGGCUGGAUGCGCCCAUCACCGAUGCCACCGAGUUUGGGCCUAUCUGUCCGCAGUCGAUGCCCGCGGUCCCCAACGCGCCUUUCCUCCCCGGAAACGAAGACUGCCUCUUUCUAAACGUCUUCGCGCCGCCUAAUGCCUCCAAGCUUCCCGUGCUGGUUUACAUCCACGAGGGUGGAUAUGGUCUCGGCGAUGGCACCCACGACAUGACCGAGAUCAUCAACGCCAAUGAGAAGGGCUUCGUCGCCGUGACGCUGCAGUACCGUCUCGGCGCUUUUGGCUGGCUGUCAUCCCGCGAGGUCAAGAAGAAGGGUGCUGUCAAUGCGGGCAUGCUCGACCAGGUGCUUGCCCUUGCCUGGGUGAAGCUCAAUAUCUGCCAGUUUGGUGGUGACCCAAGCCAGGUCACCAUCUCAGGCGAGUCGGCCGGCGGCGGUUCCGUAAUGUACCACAGCAUUGCCCUCAAGGGCAAUCUAGGCAACCUCCUGUACAAGCAGGGCAUCGCGGCCUCUCCCUACCUGCUCGCCCAGCCCAGGUACGAUGCGGCUCUCCCGACGAGCCGGUAUUACGCCUUCUCGCAGGCCGCCGGCUGCCCUAGCACCGGCGACGUCUUUGACUGCAUCGUCAGCAAGGACACCGAUACGCUGCAACAAGCCAGCUUCGCCGUCACUCAGCAGUCGCCCUACGGCUACUGGGGGUUCUGGCCCGUCACCGACGACGCCUACGUCCUGAACCGGCCUACCCAGCAGUUCGCCGCCAACAAGACCAACGGCCAGGCCUUGCUCGUCGGCCACAACGCCAACGAGGGCCCGCUAUUCGUACCACCCCUAACCACGGAAGCCGAUCUCAUCAACUGGCUGCAGACAAGCCAGUUCCCGAACUUGACCCCCGCCGAGAUCAACACCAUCCUCGCGGCCAACCCCAACACCGCGCCCACCAACCCCUCCGGCCCCCACCACGAAACCGACGGCCUCCCCGGCAGCGGCCUGACCGCCGUGGAGGUAUCGGCAGCCGCCAACGGCCAGCAGCAGCGCGGCAACAACAUCUACGCGGAAGCGACCUUUGCCUGCCCGGCCUACUGGCUGGCGUCGGCCUACGCGGCCGCCGCCGACGACAAGGGAUCCCCGGCGGCGUGGGUGUACCAGUACAGCGUGCCGAUGGCGUGGCACGGCGCCGACGUGGCCGCAUACUUUGGCCCCGCGACGCCGAACCAGUCGGACGAGUUCGCGCUGGCGUUCCGCCGCAUCUGGGGCAACUUUGUGCGCACGGGCAACCCGUCCAUCAGCGCGGCGCUCGCGAACGGGGCUGGGAAUGAUGAUAAUGGUAGUAGUGUGCUGCCGCACCCGGCGGCGGACUGGCCGGCGUGGACGGAGGCGGCGCCGGUGUUUGUGAACCUGAACACGACGGGCGGCGUGCCGUUUGAGAUGGCGGCGCCGUGGGGCGGCACGGUGACCGGGUUUGCGGAGCCGGGACUGGGGAACGCGAUUACCCUCGCCUCCGCCACGGAGUGGGAGGGUGGGAGGAAGGGGAGGUGCGAUGUGUAUAAGGGGCUGGCGGAUAGUGUCCCGUUCUGAAUGAGAGAUGCGGCGGUUGGUUCAGUAUUGGGGUUGGAUUCAAGCGUGACCAUAUCCCUCGGUCGGCGGUCUAUAGGGUGGCGCCACCUGAAAGCAAUGCUAGAUUAAUCAA